AUGGAUGUAGGACUAGGAGAUCAGAGCCAAUUGAUCAUCAAAGGAAAGAGUGGAUACUUGUUUGUAGAAGAAUCUUCUAAACUGUAUCUGCCCUCCAGCAAGCUUGGAGAGGAUGAAAACUUUCACAGUGCUGCACAGACAUGUCUGAAAGAGGUUGUGUGCAUUGAUGCCGAGAUCCUUGGCAUUGUGAACAUUCAGCACCGCAACUGCAAUGGCCUUAGGAAAUGUACAGUGACAUACUAUGCUGAGCAGAGGCCUGGUCGAGGCAGCUUUCCUGAGGUCCCCAAGGUCAAGAUAAAAUGGUUCACACCACAUCAAGCCAAGCAACUACCCAACUUCAGUAUUGUGAAACUUAUAAAGAAGGUUGAAUCUGGAGUUGCCAUUGGUAACCUGUGUCCGACUGGUGUUCUGGAAGGGACAGAGGGAGACGGGAGGAGUGAGGGUUCACUCAAGAACCUAAGGCCUCAGUUCAACAGAGGUACUUCACUGGAGGAACAGAUGCUCACACAAGCUGGAUACGGAAUAUUUGAGUCUGAGCAGAUAGAGAAGCUGUUUCAAGAGCAUUGUGAUUCUCCUGGUGGGAAACUGAACCUGGAGCAGUUUACUGCUAUCAUGUCGAAAUUGGGCUACAACUCUGAGCACUGCCUUCAAUGCUUUAAAGCCAUGCAAGUGCCUCCAGUAGAGUCUGGACUAUCUCUGUCUGAGUUCCGUGUGGGGUUAGCAGCGAUGGACCCCCGCACAGUGCAUGGUGACCUCUGUGCACAGUUUCGCUGCCAGUACAUCUUUAAGUUUUACAACACAUCUGGCCUCGAGAGACUCAAUUAUCAGGACUUCCAGAGAAUGUUAGCGGACAUAGUGAGAUUGAAGAAACACAACAUUAAGGAGGGAGAUUGGGAGAAGCUGGCAAAGGACAACUGGAGUCACUUCGGAGUGUCCUUGAGUGAGACUCUAUCUCUGGAUGAGUUCCUGAGGGUGGUGGGCCAAUUAAAGUUCCGAGGGACCUCUGUUCUCUUCCGUCUCUCCUCUCCCCCUAUCCAGCGCGCUCUCUCUCCUCUUCGAACCAUGGCAGAGCCAGUGAGCCCGUCUUUUACCUCUAAGAAGAGACCCUUUAACUUACCUGAUAUAAAGGAUGAAGCAGAAGAUAUGGACACAACUUCUUUGCCGCAACUGAACAGCAAGUCUGAGAGUGAAGAUGUGUCCAAUAGUGGUGACAACAGUGGGAAGCUUUCCUCGUCUGUCAGCGAUGACAAUAUGGACGACCUUUCAGAUGAUGAUGGUGAUGAUAUCACCAUUGCAACACACUUUGUGAAGGUCCGUCGUAGUGGAGCUUUGAGUGAUGUGUCCACAUUGUGGGACCUGAUGGGCACUGAGGCCAUCUCUGGGAGUUUAGAUGCCUUGGAUAGACCAGGAUUCGACAGACUGCCCUCUAUCAAUGCCUUCGAUAAGCAAUCCAAAUCCAAUGAGAUGCUGUCUGGUCUCCGCUACUUUGAGCAUGCUCUCAAAGACAAUGGGCGAGGUCAACCAAAAGCUGCUUUCUCCUGGGGUGCUGUUGACAUGUUAUCUGUUGCCAAGUGUUUCAUACAGAUUUGCACCAGAGCAGCUGACAUAUUUCAGAGUGAAUCUCGACUGCUUGAAGUUGCUUCCCCUUGUUACGUCCUUGGUGACAUUCACGGGAACUUUCACGAUCUUGUGUGCUUCGAAAAAGUACUAUGGCGGAUGGGUCCCAUUCUCACUCCGGCCACGUUCCUGUUUCUAGGUGACUACGUGGACAGAGGUCCUCAUGGAUUUGAGGUGGUGGCCUACCUCCUGGCACAAAAGCUUCUUAUGCCCUCCAAGUUCCUACUCAUUAGAGGGAACCAUGAAAUUCGUGAGGUUCAAGAGACGUUCUCUUACAAGGAAGAGUGUCUGGAGAAGUUUGGAGCUGACCUGGGGGCUGAAGUGUGGGAGGCAACCAACAAGGCCUUUGACUACAUGCCUAUUGCAGCUGUCGUUGACCGCAAGGUGUUCUGUGUCCAUGGCGGCAUACCGUUCCCAUCCCCUGGGAGGGAGUACAUCUCUGCCAUCAACGAUGUGCCUGCUAACCUGCCCAACCCUAUGGGCCAGAGCGACCUGGCCUGGGACAUCAUGUGGAAUGACCCCAUCAGGAGUGAUGAGAUUGACCCUGCUAUAGAGGUACAUCUCGGUGAAAACAAGGGGUUCAUUGACAAUUUUGCCAGGGGGACUGCUCACAUGUUCAGUUCCGAUGCUCUAGAAGAUUUUCUGAAGAGGAACAGACUCUCUCAUGUGAUACGAGCCCACGAGUGCAAGGCAGCUGGUUUUCAGAUACAACAGCGUGGUCGUCUGCUCACUGUUUUUUCGUCUUCUCACUAUUGUGGUUCUACCAACGAAGCAGCCUGUGUGCUCAUCGAUAACAAGAAAAUAAGAACCAUUCGUCUUGAUACUACCUAGGAGAUACUCAUUUGAUUUGUUGUGUUAAAAUGUUUAUAUUAAUUUUUUCGCUGGUUGCACAAACUUAGUUUUUCAUCACUUGUAUAUAUUGCACACUCCAUUUUCUAACGUUUUGAGUUGACAUUACACCGUUUAUACAUAGA